AUGUUGAAGUUUACUGCUGGCACUACGGUUACGGAUGAUAAUAACGCUGAAAUACCUCCAAAGCCGUUGGUGUUUACUAAAUUUACUGAUAUAAUAAACGACAACUUUAACAAGGAUGUGCUAAUAGAUGUCAUUGGUAUGGUGGAAAGUAUUGGGUAUUCACAGACCACAUCAGGUGCCCGGAAGCAGCAGAUUAACAUGAUGCUGCGUGACGGGGGUGAGAAUACUAUCAAUUGCACGCUUUGGGAAUCCUAUGCUGAACAAUUCAUGAAGUUCAAGCAGGAGCGCGGAGAUGAUUCUGGUCCUAUUUUUGUCAUGAUCCAAUAUGCGAAAGUCAAGGAACAGGGUAAGUUUCCACUGUCCGUGACAAACACGUUUAAUGUUACCGUCCUUGGUUUGAAUACUGAUUUGCUGCCGAUGAAAGAGUUUAUAGAAAGUUUUCCGAAGGAUUCCAUGAUUAUGUUGUCUGGCCAGGAGGGUUCCAAUUCACAGCUUUCAGCACAGAACUCUGAAAAUCAACAGAUGACUCCUGUAUAG